GCGUGUGUGGAUAAAGCAGGGUUUGGAGUACUUAGCUGGACAGAAGCCACUGAGAGAGACUGUAGGCAUAUUAAACUGUUUGCUCAGUCAAACAUAAAACCUGUCAGAUUCUCUUCUCGUUGAAAAACUCUGUAACAGCCAGCUGGCAUAUAGCUUACUUGACCUCCAGAAGUAGAAAGAGGGCCAUGAGAGUCUGUUCCUUUACCACAGAGAGCAGAGGCAGAAGGAUAAUUCGGAGCUUAGGUAAAGUCCAGCAUGGCUAAUGGUCAGCCCCAUACUCCCUGCUCACAAGUGGUUUCUUCAGCAUCUUUUGAAGGGAUGGACUCAAGUCAAAGCAAAGGCGCUAUGCAGCAGGUCCUGGACAACUUGAAUGACUUACCAAACUCUACUGGAGCCAAGGAUCUUGAUUUACUGUUCCUAAGAGGAAUCAUGGAGAGCCCAAUUGUUCGGUCACUCGCUAAGGCGCAUGAGAAACUGGAAGACACUAAGCUGGAAGCUGUGCGUGAUAAUAACUUAGAGUUGGUGAAGGAGAUCAUUAACGAUAUCACUCCAAUUGCCAAGGAGAAUGAUACUGCAGCAGAACUCAGUCAUAUUCUCCAAGAACCACACUUUCAGUCUCUGUUGGAAGCUCAUGAUUCUGUCGCCUCCAAAAACUAUGAAACUCCACCCCCAAGUCCAGAGUCUUUUAUGGACUCUACAUUCAACAAUCAGCCUGUCCCACCUGAUGCAGUCCGAAUGGUGGGGAUUCGCAAAGUCAAGGGUGAACAUUUGGGUGUAACAUUCAGGGUUGAAAACAGUGAACUUGUGAUUGCGCGAAUUCUUCAUGGAGGCAUGAUUGACCAACAAGGUCUGCUACAUGUGGGGGACAUCAUCAAGGAAGUGAAUGGAAAAGAGGUUGGGAAUGAUCCAAAGGUCUUGCAGGAAAUGCUCCAGAAUGCCAGUGGAAGUGUCAUCCUUAAGAUCCUACCUAGCUAUCAGGAACCGCAUCCUCCACGCCAGGUAUUUGUGAAGUGCCACUUUGAGUAUGAUCCUGUCAAUGAUAACCUGAUACCUUGCAAAGAAGCUGGCUUGAAGUUUACCUAUGGCGAUAUAUUGCAGAUUGUGAAUCAGGAAGAUCUCAACUGGUGGCAGGCCUGCCAUGUGAAGGAAGGAGGGAGUGCAGGCCUUAUCCCAAGUCAACUGUUGGAGGAAAAGAGGAAAGCUUUUGUCAAACGAGAUUGGGAUUUUUCCACGCCUUCAGGUGCACUGUGCGGGAGUAUGGGUGGAAAAAGGAAGAAGAAGAUGAUGUACCUGACCACAAAAAAUGCAGAAUUUGAUCGACAUGAGCUUCUGAUCUAUGAGGAAGUAGCAAAGAUGCCACCGUUUCAGAGGAAAACUUUGGUUCUUAUAGGAGCACAAGGUGUUGGAAGAAGAAGCCUGAAGAACAGACUCAUCAUGUCUGACCCAAUGAGAUUUGGAACAACCAUUCCUUUUACUUCACGGAAACCAAAGGAAGACGAAAAUGAUGGCCAUAUCUAUGCCUUCGUGUCCCGUGCUGAAAUGGAAAGUGACAUCAGAGGCGGUCGUUAUCUGGAACAUGGCGAAUAUGAAGGAAACCUUUACGGAACAAAGAUUGAUUCCAUUCAUGAGGUUGUUGAAAGUGGAAAAAUAUGCAUCCUGGAUGCAAACCCACAGGCACUGAAGGUUCUGCGGACAUCUGAAUUCAUGCCUUACGUGGUAUUUAUUGAAGCUCCAGACCUGGACACACUCCGAGCAAUGCACAGGGCAGCUAUUGAUGUGGGAGUUACAACGAAACAAUUAACUGAUGCAGAUUUGAAGAAAACGGUGGAAGAGAGCUCCCGCAUUCAGCGAGCAUACAACCACUACUUCGAUCACACCAUUGUAAAUGAUAAUCUUGACAAAGCCUUCCAAAAGCUUCAGGCAUCCAUGGAGAAACUCUGCACAGAGCCCCAGUGGGUACCAGUGAGCUGGGUCUACUAAUGUUCUUCCAAAGGGUAGAGGAAUAUGUUUUACACAGAGUACCAUUAACUUUGUAGAAAAAGUCCUUUAGAAGUAAAGAAGCAUCAUUUUGGAUAAUUCAUAAGUGGGGCAACUAGUCAUGCUUCCAACAAGUAUAUUGUGCCAAUCUAUAAUGAAUCAUAAAUAAUGUUUUGAAAGGAAAGGAUGGGAAUUCUCCCAGGCCAUCUUUAUGAUUUUAUUUUUUAAACAAUAUAGGAACUGGGCAUAGUUUUUGGGCAUUAAUGUCCAGUAUGCUGGUUUAUGACAGAUUCUGAUAGAUUAACAAGAUUAAACAAUACAGCUAUUGUGCUCUUUGCAGCUUUUCACCAGAAAAAUAAACAACAAAUCAACACUGAGUCAAAAACAGAAAAUGCUGUAAAGUCUCUUAACUCAACGAUCUAAAAGUAUUUCUCUCUCCACUGAUUCUUCCUGAUCCACUGAGAUUUUCUAGCAUUUUCAGAUUUUAUAAGCAAUUGGCAUAGUACACAUUAGGGAAAAUAAUCAUGGGUGUGUGUUUUUAAAGUAUUGAUUUUCUUUAAACUUUUAAUCUUUUAUUUCAUUUCAAUACCUUUAAAUUACUCGAAAGUGGACAGGUGUCAGAAUUUGAAUUGGAAGUUUAUCCAGAAUCAAACCUGAAAUCGUUGCCAUUACUUUGGAAAGGAUUCUUUAAAAUCUGUCAAAAUUUGGUUCAUUUGUAUACUUAUGUGAGAUAGUUGAAUGCUGUGGUCAUGGUCUUCUGGCAAUGACAACAUACAAAAUUUACUCUUAAGAAAUACUGUAUGUGAUUACGGUAUUAUUCCUUAAUACAGUUGUCAAAAUUUAAUUUUUCUGUUCAAAAAGACAAACAACUAACCAUGCAUACUGUAUAGUGAAGGAGGUACUUUGAGUGUUUAAAGUACUCAUGCUAAUACUGGAUAGCAGUUUUAUCCCAGACUUUCCUACACUAGUGAUUCCUACAAAUCUUUAAUCAAAUUGGACACAACUAUAUUACUUUGGCUGAGCACUGGGAAUUUGUUUUCUAUAACUCUUAUUCUCAAGGACUUUUUUCAUUCAGACUUAAUCUAAUAAUUACUAAUUAUAUUAUCUGUGGGAGACUAUCCCUUUUUAAUGGUUCACUAAACUUUAUAACUAAAAAAAGUAUUUGGACCUAUCUUGUUUACCGUCGUUAAGUUCUCUGCUCUAAUUAUGAUAAACAGGGUUUAGAUUUCUUUUAAAUUAAUAUAAUUUGGAUAUAAGUCAUUCAGUGUGGUUAUGCCUGUAACAAAAUAACCAAUUUUCUAUCCCCAUUAUGAAUUUACAGUUUCAGAACAGUAAUGAUGUGUAUUCACAUCCUUAAAAUGUAAGCUAAAAUUGGACUGAGUUCAACAACAGUUCAUAAACAUAUUAUAAAGGUUAACUAGAAGGUUAUUGUGGGCUGCAAACAUAAUCCAGGUCAUCAAGGUCAAAGUCUUGACAUUAAUUAAGCUUCUUCCAUUUAUUUCUUAAUAAAAUAUAAUUAAUAUGAAAUUAGGACAAAAAAUGAAUCAAAGCCACCUAGGGCAAAAUAUUCCAAAUCUGAAAUCAAAUGAUAAAGUUUUGGAAAUACUCAGCAAUCAAGGAUCAUUUGUGAUAGGAGAGACAACAUUAAUGUUUCAAGAUUUAGAUAAAACGUUGUUGACUUGAAAGGCUAAAGGCUGAUUUAUACUUGUGCGUCAAAUGUAUGCCGUAGGUACGGCAUAGCGGUGUACCCUAUGCUGUAUUCUACGCCAAACCCUACGCUGUAGGGUUCGCACCUCUCCCAAAAUGUAACUACACGAUGCGGCGUCGCAGACGGUAACAACUGUGAUUGGUCCGCUUGGUAGCAUCGCAUUUCCUCCUACGCUGCAAUAGCUUGCCAUUGGGCGACUGAAGGGCAGGGAAGGAACUCUGGCUGCAAUGCUUUCCAUAAAGCUUUACAGACCUCCGAAAUUAUGGAGGACCCUGUGCUUGAUGCCAGUUUGUAGCUAGCUGCUACAGCCUUUUGACUUCCAUCUGAAGCUAAAACUCGAAUGGUGAUUGCCAGUCUCUGAGUAUACUGUGCAUACACUGAUGAGAAAUAAAUGGUUGGAGACGAUGAACCAAAUCGUCAAAUCUACCUGCUGACAUCCGAAAAUAUUUGAAAUGCAUUUCCUCGUCCAUGUCUCUCAGUGGCCAGACAAGCACAAAAAAUUCACCCUCCUUCAGUUUCAGUGGCCAUCAUUUGAAGUUUGAGUUUCUUCAUGUUGAGUUUCAACAUGAAGAAACUCAGCACAGUGGCGUAUAAACCCCACCACCAACUAGCAUUUUGGCGGUGAAUUGCAGAGCGAUGCAGACACACCAACGCACAAGUAUAAAUGCUCACAACGGCAAAGCCCACUUGCAUAGGCUAUGGUGUAAGCUAGUACGCACAAGUAUAAAUCAGCCUUAAUGCUGUGCAUCUCUCUUCACAGAUGCUGCCUGAUUUGCUAACUAUUCCUAUCAUUUCUGUAUUUAUUUCAAAAUGCCUUUUUUGUUGGUGAAUGUUUAUUUGUUCAAAUAUUCCAUCUGUUAUUUUAAUAAAGGACAUUUCCAUUGAACUCUUAGUACAGGUAGAAUACUUCUAGGGCUUUGUUUAAUUUGCUUAUAAAUAUACUCGAGAUGUUCAUCAAUGUAAACACUUUAGAUUAUUUACAUUAUUCUCCUUUGCCUCUUUUUGCACCAUGCAAGUAAAGCCAUAAUCAAUUAGCAGGUAACAGAAUCCACUGAGUUGUCAACUUGCUGAAAAAAGCAAUGCUAAUACAAAUCUAUUCUUGGUCACUAUUCUCACAUGUCAUACGUGAUACAUUCCUGUUCUGAAUAGUGGUGAUAUCAGAAGUGGUAUAUAAUGGGCAUUGCACUUAGUAUCAUGCAUACAGCAUGCAAUAAUGGAUACACUUCUACCCUAAUGUUUUUUUCUUAAUAGAAUGGUGGUAUUAGUAUCACCCAAUUACCCCUGAAUAGAGUAGCUUCCUGCCAUUUAGAAGUGCAUCUACCAGUUAAUCACCUUGGUGAAUCUAGGGUCAUGUCAAAGCCAGACCUGAUAAAUUUCCUUCCUUCCCUUAAAACUCUAUCUAAAACCCUUAGUGAAUGAGGUAGAGUUUUAUGAAAAUCCACCAGUUCAAUGAUUAACUUCACUGAUGCUAAUUUUUGUUUGUAGAUUUAGUUUAAGUGUUCAAAUUUAAGUAAUCAAGUUGCUCUACUGGGAUUGGAAUCACUUCAGCAGCCCAGGUCUCUAGAUACUGUGCUAUUGGUUAUUGUGCCCCAUAUUAAUGCAACAAUACAUCCGAGAUCCUUUUCAUACUUGCUGUAUCUACUAUAAUUAUUAAAAAAUAGCAUUUCACCUUGUGGACCUGAAGUUAAACUUUGAUAGAUGAUGAAUCGCAAAAGGUAUUGCUCAUAAUUAAAAACCUGAAUAUCCUUUUAAACUGUUUUUGAUGUAUUUCUGAUACUAGCCUAUUGUAAAAAGAUGUUGCUUCCUGUGAUUUCAGAUCAGGCCCAUCUCUAUAGCUGAUCAGUAACAUAAUGAAGAUCAUUUUUUAAAUAAAUCCCGAGAGGGUGCUUUUAAAAUGUUGUUUUUUUAUUGUAUUUUUAACUUUGUAACAGAUUUAAAGAAUAUAUAUGUAACAAGAAUUUAUCAAAGGAAAAAAUAUAGACUCAGUAUGAAUUUCAUUUGAAAAAUAUAGGAGAGAUGGUAUACAAUUGCUGGAAGUAUACAAUUACAGUAGAUUGCAUUUUGCCAACACAAAAUACAUAUACUCAAGUAUGUAUAUAAAAAAUAAUAUUUUCGUUGAUACUUUAUACAACUGUGUAUUUCAUGUGAAGCCUGAUCACAACCGAUAAAUAGAAUUGUAGAAAUUUGUGACUAUUUUCCAGCAGAAACUUGUGCUUCAGUUGUUUUACUUUGAGGUCAGAAGACACAGAGGAAAGCAUUGUGGAAAAUUGUUUCCAUUCAUUCUUCAAGAGGUGUUUUUGGAGUAGGCGACUGACUUGGUUCUAGAACAAAGGAUUUUUUAAAUUAAAUUACUUACUUAUCAUCCUACAUUCCAAACUCAUUACUUAGUCAGAAAUGGGAGCAUAGUUUUCUUUUUAAGAAAAGGUGAUGUCUUAUAAUCUUAUUUCUGUGUCUUCUCAAAAAUAAUUAGGGAAAUAUAUAUAUUAAGACCUUAUCUUAUUAAAUCUGGUCAUUAUAGAUUUGGCAUCCGUAUAAUAAGGAAAAUAGUUUCUUUGAUUAUUAUUUUGAAGGAGAAUUGUUGAUGUACUUAUCAACUCAUUAAUGUUCCUCUGAUUGAAGCGAUGUUCCUAGAUCUUGGUCCACUCUCUUUCUGGUGGCAUCUUUCUAAGCUGUCUUGUUUUUGGUAUCUGUGGUUCAUGCUUUUAAAUCACCAAUGACAGUGAUUCUCUGGAGUUCUUCCUCAAAAUUUCAAUGCUCCAUCUUCACCUUUAUAAUCAGUUUUUAUAAUCAUCUAUGUGCUUGGACUUUGUAUAAGUCUAUUACUUUCUGUAUUCAAACAUUAAUUUCUUUACUCAUCAAAGAACUUUACUCAAUAUUAACUUAUAUGAUUAAGAUGUAAAGGGAAUUUCAUUCAUAAUUUUUCUAUCAUUGUGCAAUUAUUUUGAAGCAUUUUAAAUGCAUGAUUAUACAUAAUCAUACAUGCCUGUGUCAAGUUGCCAAAAAUAUCCAUGUGCUUGGGGAUCAAGCAUGUAACCACCAAUUCUUAGCCCACUGAGCAAUUUGAAACUCCUUAUGUUUACAACGCCCUAUAACCAUGAUGUGCUUCAAUUAGAAAAGUGGUAUAAUCAUUUUAUAGGUGAUUACCAUUUAUCAGUAGCAGGUAUUUCCCUUUAGGAUGUCAGAUUUCUCAUUACUCUUAGCAAUAUCUUGAAGCUUAAUCCUCUCGUCGCUGUUUGAAUCAGUUAAAUUCCAUUAUACAUCUAAGUUGUAUUUUGAAUUACAAUAAACAAUUCUAGUAUAUGGCACCCUGUAAGAACCACACAUGGAUAUUUCCUCUGUCCAUAAGGCACUCUAUUCUCCUUUCCUUUGGUUAAUAAUAAUCAUUUUUGACAUAUGUUUAUUUUUUAAAGUUUGGAAUCAAAGCCAUGCUGCUCCAUUUACCAAAUUGUUCAGGAACACGUGUUCAGGAGAAGACCAUGUAACAAAACAAGGCUGUCCAGCCAUUUAGUGUGGUCAAGCUUGAAGCAGUUUUGAGGUCAAUGAACACAAUGAGCUUAAGGUGUUUUAGGUUUUUCCGGCUUUUUGCUGGAAUUUCUGAAGAAUUUUGGUGAUGCCUUUCAAAUAAGACCAAAAAAAUCUCAGAUCAUUUCACGUCUUAAUAACUAACUUUGCAAGUAUGUUGCCACAUAAAGGAGGCCUUUGUGUCUUUUGUACAAACUGGAGCAUCAAACAACAGAUGAGCUUCACUUCUCAAUGAUCAAUAUAUUGACUUAUGGUAAUUUCUAUGAAUACCAAUAAAUUGAAGAAACAGGCCAUAAAAAUCAAAAACAUGCUUCAGAUGCUGGAUAUCUGAAGUAAAAACAGAAAAUGCCAGAAACAUUCAGCAGCUUGGACAGCACCUGUCAUAAGAGAAACAAACUCAAAUUUUCAAGUUGAAAAACCGCAUAUCAGAACUGGGAACAAGAGAUAACAAAGGGAAUUUGAGGUUUCAGAGAGGACCAUAAGACAUAGGAGCAGAAUUAAGCCACUCGGCCCAUCGAGUCUGUUCUGCCAUUCCGUCAUGGCUGAUUUAUUGUCCCUAUUAACCCCAUUCUUCUGUCUUCUUCCUGUAAUAUUUGAUGCCCUGACUAACCAGGAAUCUAUCAACCUCUGCCAUAAAUACACCCAGUGACUUAGCCUCCACAGCUGUCCAUGGCAGUGAAUUCCACAGAUUCACCACCCUCUGGCUGAAGAUCUUCCUCCUCAUCUCCAUUCUAAAUGGAUGUCCUUCUAUUCUGAGGCUGUGCCCUCUGAUCCUACACUCAGCCACUAUAGAACCCAUCCUCUCCACAUGCACUCUGUCUCGGUCUUUCAACAUUCAAUAGAUUCAAUACCCCCUUAUUCUUCUAAACUCUAGUGCGUACAGGCCCAGAACCAUCAAACACUCCUCGUAUGUUAACCCUUUCAUUCCCAGAAUCAUUCUCCUGAACCUUCUUUGGACCUUCUACAAUGUCAGCACAUCUUUUCAUAGGUAAGAGGCCUAAAACUGCUCACAAUACUCCAAGUACAGUCUGUCCAAUGCCUUAUAAAGCCUCAGCAUUACAUCCUUACCCUUACAUUCUAGUUCACUCCAAAUGAAUGCUAACAUUGCAUUCACCUUCCUUACCAUGGACUCAACCAGCAAGGUCCUUUUGCACCUCUAAUUUUUGAAUUUUCUGCCCAUUUAGAAAAUAAUCUAUGCCUUUAUUCUUUCUACUAAAGUGCAUGACCAUACACUUGGUUACACUAUAUUCCAUCUGCCACUCCUUUGCCCAUUCUGCCAAUCUGUCCAAUUCCUUCUGCAGGCUCCCUGCUUCCUCAACACUACCUGCCCUUCCACCUAUCUUUGUAUCAUCUGCAAACUUGGCCAUAACACCAUCACUUCCUCAUCCGAAUCAUUGACAUAUAAUGUGAAAAAGAGCAAUAGGAAGAAGGUGGUGGGAAGGAUGGACAGAACAAGGAGAAUAUCUGUUAAAGAGGAAGACUAGGUGAUAUGGGUUAAUGGGGUAGUUGGAGGGUGAUUACGCUUCAGUAGAUAGUCUAUGAACUGACUCUGUAAAAGGAAAAAAUGCUCCCCUUUGUAGUUGUUGUAUGGUGCUAUUUUUCCAUUGGCUUUGCCUUACCAAAGAUUUAACUAAUACUGAACAGGGUUAAAUUGAAGUGUAAUAGAUACAGAUUGGUCUAUGCAAUGUUUUCAGCACCAAGAGAUCACACUGUCAAAAAAAAACAAUGGUCAAGGGUAAUUUCAGAAUUAUUUGAUGGUUAACUGUUAAUUUUCUAACCUAGUGUCAGUAUUCUCUGCAGCUCGCCAUACUGAAUUUUUUGGUGAGUCAUCAGAAUGGAAAUUCAUCCUAAAUAUGUAACCUAAUCAAAGUUGCAGCAAAAGUUGAUAGGGUAGUUAUGAAGUCAUAUGGUGUGUUGGCUUUCAUUAGUCAGAAGUGAGUUCAAGAACUGCUUUAUGAAACGCUAGUUAGUCCAAACCUGGAGUUUUCUGUUGAGUUCUGGCCACCUCAUUAUCGGAAGAAUAUGGAAGCGUUAGAGAGCGUGCAGAAGAGAUUUACCAGUAUGCUGUCUGGAUUAGGGAACAUAUAAGGAUAGAUUCAGUGAGCUAGGUUUUUCUCUUUGGAGUGAAGGAGGAUGAAAGUUGACUUGAUAGAGGUGUACAAGAGACAGACUAAUGCAAGAGAGUGUAACUUUAAGGUGUAGUGAGGAAAGUAUAUGGUAAAAGUCAGAGGUAGGAUUUUUACACAAAGAGUGGUAGGUACAUAGAAUGUGUUGUCGGGUGGUGGUAGAGGCAGAUACAUUAGGGACAUUUAAGAGACUCUUAGAUAGGCAAAUGGAUGAAACAAAAAUGGAGUUUAUGUGGAAUGGAAAGGUUAGAUUGAUCUUGGAGAAGAUUAAAGGGUUGGCACAUUAUCUUGGGCCAAAGAGCCUGUACUGUGCUAUACUGCUCUAUUUACAAUGUUCUAAUCACAGCUGAAAUUUGUGCCACUUCAGAUCAUUUAACAAAACACUUAGUUUUUUUACGAGUAUGCUUAAGAGGUUGCAGAUAAAUAUGUGCUGUGUUUGUAUCACAGUCAAAGUAGGUCAUGAAUGUCCCAGUUUGACCCCUGACCAGAUCCCUGAUUCUUCUGUACUUUCUCUUCAAAUCAAGUAUACUGUACUCAAGGCAGAAAUCCAUAACACCAUAAGACAUAGGAGCAGAAUUAGACCAUUUGACCCAUUUAGUCUGCUUUGCUAUUUCAUCAUGGCUGAUCUAUUAUCCCUUUCAACCCCAUUCUCCUGCUUUCUCCUCAUAAACUUUGAUGAGAAAGGCCUUUACUAAUCAAGAACCUAUCAACCUCAACUUUAAAUAUUCACAAUGAUUUGACUUUCACAGCUGUAUAUAGCAAUGAAUUCCACAGAUUCACCACCCUCUGGCAAAAUAUAUUUCUCCUUAUCUCUGUCCUAAAGGAAUGUUCUCCUAUUCUGAUGCUGUGCCUUCUGGUCCUUGACUAGCCCACAUCCGCUUCAUUCGGCCUUUCAAUAUUCGAUAAGCUUCACCCAUCCAUUUUACUUAAUCAGAACUAAGCAUUCACAUAUCCAUAUUGCUAUGCAUUUUAUUUAAAUACGGUGUGCAUGCAUUUAUUGAAUCAAAAUAAGAGUGCAUUCACUAAUCAAAAUAGCAUUGCAUUUCACUUCAUUAAAUUAUCUGUACAUUUCAUUUUAUCAAAUUGUCUAUACAUAUGCCUAUUUUCAUAAGUUAAAUAUAUAGUUAUUUUAGCUAAGGGAAAUGCAUAGAUUCAGUAAAGGUCAAAUUAGCUGACGAUUGACUUUAUCAAAAAGUUUGUGGAUUCCACUUCAUCCAAAAUGCACAGAUUUCGAAGUUCCACGUAAAUUUAUUCAUCACCAUGUACCUGAGAUUCAUUUUCUUGCAGACACUCACAGUAGAACAAAGAAAUACAAUAGAAUGAGUGAAAAACGACACACAAAAAUGGACAAGCAACCAAUGUGCAAAAAAAGACAAAUUAUGUAAAUACAAAAUAAAAGCAAAUAAUAAAUAAAGAAAGAAAGCUGAGGACAUGAGUUGUAGAGCCCUUGAAAGUGAGUCCAUAGUUUGAGUUCAGUAAUCAGUUCAAUGUUGAGGUGAGUGAGGUUAUUGAUGCUGGUUCAGGAGCCUAAUAGUUGAAAAGUAAUAACUGUUCCUGAAGCUGGUGUUGUGGGACCUAAGGCUCCUGUACCUGUUUCUACUUCACUUAUCAAAAUGUACAUGUAGUACCAUUAGUUAAAAUAUCUUAACAUCUCAUUAAUGAAAUUAUACAAUGCAUUUAACUUGGACUUCGAGUAAAACUAAAACUAAUGAAAUGAAAAAUGAGUUGUCUUAGUCAAAUUCUGGAGGCUAGUAGACCUACUGUUGAAAAUAAGCUUCCAAGCCAGAUAUUCUAAAAUUUUGAAGAAUAUAAUUAAUUUAAUUUUUAGACUAGAAUGUUGUUGUACAUUAUGAAAAAUAUUCCUGAUAGCUGCACCCCACACAUAACUGCUCUAUCAAGAUGUUAUUUAGAGCUAUGAGAGAGAAAAAUUAGGUAUAUACAGUGUAAGUAGUAUGUGAGACACAGCAAAUUGUAUGUAUUAUACACAUGUCGUAAGUACACAUGACAAAUAAAUGCACUACCUUACUCACUGAAGGAGGUGCACAUAGAAGGGUGUUGUUACUUAGCUGCUGUUUUCAUUUUGCAAAUUAUCAUUGCUGAUUGACAUUUCAGAGUGUUUGAUGUGUGACAUUCUUACACAUUCCCAAAAGACGAGUACAACUAUAGACAGUAAGACCAUAAGACACAGGAGCAGGAUUAAGCCUCUCAGCCCAUCGAGUCUGCUCUGCCAUUCCAUCAGGGCUGAUUUAUUGUCCCUCCUAAACCUGUCUUCUCCCCAUUACUCUUGACACCCUUACUAACCAAGAACUCAUAAACCUCUGUUUUAAAUAUACUGAAUGACUUGGCUUCCACAGUCAUCUGUAGCAAUGGAUUCACCACACUCUGGCUAAAAAAUUCCUUCUCAUCUCUGUUCUAAAUGGACGUUCCUCUAUUCUGAGGCUGAUCCUUCUGGUCCCAUAUACACCCGUUACAAGAAACAUCCUCUCCAUAUCCACUCUGUUUAGGCCUCUCAAUUGAUAGGUUUCAAUGAGAUACCUCCUUAUUCUUCUAAACUCCAGUGAGUACAGGCCAAGAGCCUUCAAACGCUCCUCAUACAUUAAACCUUUCAUUCCCAGAAUCAUUCUUGUGACCUUCCUCUGUACCUUCUCCAAUGCCAGCACAUCUUUUCUUAGAUAAGGGGUCCAAAAUUGCUCACAAUACUUGGAAGUGCAGUCUGACCAAUGCCUUUUAAAGCCUCAGCAUUACAUCCUUGCUCUUAUAUUCUAAUCCUCUUGAAAUGAAUGAUAACAUUGCAUUUGCCUUCCUUACCAUUGAUUCAACCUGCAAGUUAACCUUUAGAGAUUCCUCCCAAGUCCCUUUGCAUUUCUGAUUUUUGCAUUUUCUCCCUAUUUAAAAAAUAGCCUGCACUUUUAUUCUGUCUACCAAACUGGAUGACCAUACACUUCCCUACAUUAUAUUCCAUCUGCCACUUCUUUGCCCAUUCUCCCAGUCUAAGUCCUGCAGACUCCCUUCUUCCUUAACAAUAUCUGCCCCUCUACCUACCUUGGUAUCAUCAAUUCUGUCAUCCAAAACAUUGAUAUAUAACAUGAAAUGAAGCAGUCCCAAUACUGACCCCUGCGGAACACCCGUUGUCACCAGCAGCCAACCAGAAUCAGUCUCCUUUAAUCCAACUCUUUGCCUUCUGUCAGCCAGCCUAUUUUCUAUCCUUGCUAGUAUCUUUCCUGCAGAUACCAUGGGCUCUUAUCUUGUUAAGCAGCCUCAUAUAUGAUACCUUAUUAAAGGCCUUUUGAAAAUCCGCUGACUCUCCUUUGUUAUUUCCUCAAAGAAUUCCAACAGAUUUGUCAGGCAGGGUUUUCCCUUAAGGAGACCAUGCUGACCUUGGCCUGUUUUAUCAUAUGCCUCCAAGUAUCCCAAAACCAUAUCUUUAACAAUUGACUCCAACAUUUUCCCAUCCACUGAGGUCAGAUUAAUUGGCAUAUAAAUUCCUUUCUUCUGCCUCCCUCCCUUCUUAAAUAGUGGAGUGACAUUUGCAAUUUUCCACUCCUCUGGAACCAUUCCAGAACCUAGUGAUUCUUGAAAGAUCACUACUAAUGCCUCCACAAUCUUUUCAGCUACCUCUUUCAGAAACCUGGGGUGUAAACCAUCUGUUCCAGGUGACUUAUCUACCUUCAGAUCUUUCAGCUUCCCACACACUUUCUUCUUAAUAAUAAUAACUACACCCACUUCUGCCCCCAGACACUUGAAUUUCUGGCAUACUGCUAAGCAUCUGCCACAGUGAAGACUAGCGCAAAAUACUUAAUAAGUUCGUAAAUCUAAUACAUCACAAGCCAGCAGAUAUGUCUAUACAAAAUUUUUGGAAUCUACAGUUCUAAGGCAUUAAAUUUGUUAAUAGUUAUCUCAGAACAAAAGCAUUAUGUUUUCUCCUGUUUAUUGGAUUUGUGAUUUCUUUGUAUCAUACACAUGCAAUGACUAAUCACGUAAUUUUUGCUACAAGUAAUAUAAAUAUCUAAGGAAACCACCAAUUACUUGGCUUUUUUUAAUUUAGGUAUACAUACACAUAACAUACACUUCUCCACUUUAGUGUAGGGUUUUACAAUAAUUUUAGCAAUCGAAAUUAUAAUCAAGCAGUGUAUUUUGGAUUAUACAUUUUCAUCUUUUAAAGAUGCAGCAAUUGUAUAUUACCUUUCAUCCUUCUUUAAUACUUCUUGCCUUCUCUAUAUGCUGAACUUUCUGUAUGAUGUACACACUGAAAUUAUUUGUAUUCUGGUCUAGGUUUUACCUAUAUAAAAGAGGCAAGUCAAAAUAUUUUUCUUAGUAACAAAUAAUAUGUAAUGGGCUAAUUAUGCAGGUGAAUAUUAGUGAAUGCUUACUUGAAACUGUGGUUCAUUUUUGUAUCCAUGUCUCAAAAAUUGUGAGCAGAAUUUUUGUUAGUAGCUUUUUCUAAAUUAAGGAAAGGUGUUCAAAUUGGUCAAACCUUCACAUUAUAUAAAUGAUAACAUUGUGUGUGUUAUAUACUUUAUUGAUGGUAAAUUAUAUGACUUGCUGUGCUCGCUAAGCAAUAGUAUGUACUUUUACAAAAACAGAAGGAAAAUUCAUGUUGUCCAUAAAGUUACUGUUGUGAUUUACCUGUAAUCAUUUUUUAAAUGUUUAGAUUAUCUAUCGAAUGAUCACUGUUUAAACUGCAAUAUACUGUUAUUACGCAAUACUUCUCUGAUAUUUCCAGGUGUAUUCCAGGAGUUAAAACUAGAGUUAAUUGGUUUAUUAUUGAAGUCUGCAGUCUCACUGUUAUUAUUUACUGAAAUAUUUGUGUAUAUCUAAUUUCAAAUAAUUAAAUACAAAUGAU